GGUGGGGCCAGAGGCCUGGUGGGAUGGGAGGUUCGGUGGUGCCGUUAUUUUCGAGCUUGGGUGGAUGGGAGCUGCCCGCCGGGCAGGAAGCCGGCUGGAAGUAUAAGCAUACAUGGCUCCUGAUAUCCCAGACAAGAAGAAAACUGAUGAUGAACAGUCUUCAAAAGAGAAUUUUAUCCAUCUCUGCAACCCUCACCUGGAGAAAAUGAAAGAAGACAUCCUGUACCAUUUUGCUCUUGGGACUGGUACCCAUGAUUUUCCAGCAUUAUUUGGAGAUGUAAAGUUUGUAUGUGUUGGAGGUAGCCCUUCUCGGAUGAAAGCUUUCAUCACCUACAUAGCUGAAGAACUGGAGCUUGGGAGCCCUGGUUGUGACUAUCCUAACAUCUGUGCAGGAACUGACCGUUAUGCGAUGUACAAAGUGGGACCUGUUUUAUCUGUCAGUCAUGGUAUGGGCAUUCCUUCUAUAGCAAUCAUGUUGCACGAGCUGAUCAAGCUGCUGUAUCAUGCCAAGUGUUCCAACGUAACCAUUUUUCGCAUUGGCACAUCUGGUGGAAUAGGUCUGGACCCAGGCUCAGUGGUUAUAACUAGAGAAUCUGUAGAUGCCACCUUCAAGCCUCAGUUUGAGCAGGUUGUUCUGGGAAAGACUGUAAUUCGCAGUACAAACCUAGAUGAACAGCUAACUAAGGAACUGAUGCAGUGCAGCAUAGAAAUUGGUCAAUUCCAUACAGUUAUUGGAAACACAAUGUGCACUUUGGAUUUUUAUGAAGGACAAGGUAGGUUGGAUGGUGCAAUCUGCUUAUACAGUGAAGAAGAGAAACUGCAGUAUUUGAAGGAAGCUUAUGAUUCUGGUGUCAGGAACAUAGAGAUGGAGUCUUCUGUAUUUGCUGCAAUGUGUAAUCUCAGUGGUGUCAAAGCCGCUGUAGUGUGUGUCACUCUUCUGGAUCGGCUUGAAGGGGAUCAGAUUAGUAGCUCACAUGAUGUACUUGUGGAGUAUCAGAAAAGACCCCAGAAGUUAGUGGGAUAUUUCAUUAAGAAAAGUCUUGGGAAAGUAUGAAAUACCCAUCUUUGUUUCAUAGAAGCAGAAGGGUUUUUGCACAGCUGAAGUCAUGGUCACAUCUUCUGUGCAUUAAAGGUAUUUUGCCUCAGAACACCUUACAGCAUUCCUUGUGUCAAAGUUAAUCAUUUAUGUCAGUGUUUUUUGGGAAUGGACUUCAGUUAAGUUUUGCUUAGUUAUGCAUUGCUGGAUUUAAGACUCACUUUUCUGUGAACUGGAAAGUGGAUCUGCUGUGAAGGACAAGCGUGCUAUAAUAUAUGAAAAAGUUUUAUCUCUGCUGUGAAAGAAAAACUAGGAAGUAAAUCAAACUUUAUUGCCAAUUAUUUGCAAACCAAUAAAUUAAGAAUGCUAGUUCCUUUCUGGUUGUUAAAAAAUUAUAUGAAUUUUAAUUGUCUUUGUUGAUUCACUUGUAAAGAAAAAUUAAAAUGAAUGCAAUUUAUUUUUUGCAAGCUUUGACAAAUAAUUUUAUUUUCAUAUAUUAAAAUUUAACGAAAUUUAAUGAAAGUGUGGGACUGAAUUUUCUAAGCUUGACACUGGGCUGCUGAAUAUCUGUAUUUCCUAGAUACUGAUCCAGUGAGGUCAUUCAUACCCCAUUUUAACUACAUGAUUGAAUCAAUACCCAGGAAACAUUUAUGUGUUAAGUAACUUUACAUUAAAGAACUUGAAAUCUU